ACUGCUGCAUUUAAGCCGAUUUGAAGCAAGAGUCAAAUCACGCAUUACAGAAAAGAAAACAGAUGUUGUUGCCUUGUGGGUGACCAUCCAUGUAGAUCCGAGUAUGGGUAGGACUAGCUUGCAAAUUUGAUCUCUGCGUCAAGUUAAGUUAAUGGUAACGUCAUGAACACUACAGAGCUUUGUCAUUAACUAUUAACGUGAGCUUAGUUGUAUGAAAACCUCGUUUGAAACUAUGGCAUCGUCGGCUUUCUAGUGAAUAUAAGAGAUGAAUCUUUGGCAUUUAGUCCAACUCUUCAAGAUAAAAUGGCACUCAAGAACAUUCUACAAUUUCAUUUCUCAAUGUCAUAAAUAUCCAAAAUCCAAAUUUGGAAUCAAACUCCAAAAAAAAUCAAAAAAAUCAAUUAAGGUGAUUGACUUAUCGUAAAACUAGAUGGAUCACUUAAUCCAUUAUAUCCUAUCUAGGAACUGCAAGUGUAACUUAUUAUUAAUUUCUGGUGCUGGGCAGCAGAAAGGACUUUAUUUAAUUUUCAUCUGAAUACCAUUUUCGUAUGAAAAGUAAAACGAAUCCCUACCAAUUACUGGAGAAUUUCUGGGUUACCGAAUUGAAGUCGGGAACAGCCGUUAGUUGAACUGUAAAUUGACCUGCCCGAAGUUUCAGGAAUAGUUGUCGGCGUUGUCAAUGACAACGCGUGCAAUGUUCAUUCAGAAAUAUUAUUUCCCCAAUCGAACGAUUGGUUUAUGGAUAAAUGAACUGCAUCACGAACAGGAGAACGAAUCUGCUUUAUCAUUAGCUGUUGGAUCACCGCACUCAAACUAGAAAAUCGAAUCAUCGUGCUCGACAAGAAAAACAUUUUACUGCACAUAUGACUUGAUGAUGGAAAUCAACUCGAAAUCGAUUGCUUUACAGGUUUUCUCUUCCGUACAGCUAUGAAACCGUCGAAUGAACUAGGAAAUUGGAAAAAAAGGCGGAAACAAAAAUUGGUCAACUUUUAAGAAUCUUGAUGCGCGCGUUGGCGUGGAGCCUAUGUCUUAAUAUUGCCUACCUCUCAGCGCACUCCUCGGCUGUACAACACUACUACCUUAUACAUGCUAUAUCCCUUCCCGUUUGGCUAUAGCGUAUAAAUACUGGGUCGCAUCGACUCCAUCGGUGUAGUAUUGUUACGGAAGAACCUCCUGGGCGGAUCAUUCUACUAGUCCCUGUUCGCCAUAUUACAAGAGUGACACGGAUAGAAUGGACAUUCUUCAACAUCAUAGCGCUUGUCACCGUAUGCUGGCCAUUCCCGUUCUGCUCCUGCUACUCAGCAUGUCCAGCGGAUACAUCCUAACGGCUGACGAACAAUCACCUAUAGAAAAUUGGAAUGAAUUGGUGUUACGCUGCCGGCGUGCUGACGAUGGGAGCAAUUCAGUCACGGAAGAAGGAUUACUGCCAAUUCGUCCGGUUCGACGACUCGGCUCCGAAUUUCUAGGCAAACGGGCAAUCGAAAAUCUAUGUGCCGAUCUGAUAUUCUCUGAUGAAAUUGACGAAGACUGGCUUUGCCAAUGCCUCCACAAGUGGAAUCGACCCCCAACCAACGAUCAACAUAUUGAUGAAGAAACAGCACCUGCUGUCAACCUAAAUAAACGUGGCCUGGGCGCUAUCUUACUUUCGGGUAAACGGAUGAACAACAACAAGUGGAAUAGUAACGCCCUUAAUCGUCGUGUUAUUGGCUCUGAAUUUCUCGGCAAAAGAGCUCUUUUGGGUAGUGAAUUUUUGGGCAAACGAGCAAUCAUGGGCAGUGAAUUUCUCGGCAAACGCGGUUCUAGUGGUCGGCCAAACGGCCCCUCAGGAACUGCUAAGAUCGAAUAAAUGACAUGAAACCUCUUCUGCCCUCAUUCUCCCACAUUAAAAAAGUCCAAGAAAACAAAAAAUAUCUAUAUCUCGGAAGUCUUUACCGGGGCAUUACAGAAAUUUUCUUAUUCUUACUUUGUCUUUCCUUGUCAAUUCGAUGUUCCAUAAUAUACUGUGUCUAUAGGCAGCAGCAGUGCAUUCUAAAUUAUGGCGCCAUUUGGAACGAAAUUAGAUUCUCCAUUUUAUAGCCAGCACUCGAUAUCUCCAAUCGAUCGAUCGGCAGCCCACAAAAAUAGAUAAAAGGAUCACUUUUCCACUACUGAUCUUGAGUUUGAAAACUGUUUUACGUUUAUAUACAUUUUACAAUAUAUUGACUUUCAAUACGUUUGUGCGCAUUAGCCCAUGCAGCGUACAGCUUUGGUUAUCCCUGUUUGUUUCGUUAUUUAUUGCAGCCAUAAAUCAGUACGUACUGACAAACUUGUAUAACAUUUAACAGUGCUUCUAAAUACAACAAAUGCGUCUGGGAUUA